AUCAGUGAGCCCUAUUGGCAUACCUUAGGGUGCAGAUCAGCUGAGCAACCAGCCGGAAACUGUCUGCUCUAACUGAGACUGCGGCGGCGUUGGACGUCUCCGGCUGUCUCAGAGUAUGGAAAACCGCUGCAGCUUCUGGCUUCCCAAGAAGAAACGUUUCUGUGCAAACUUUCGUAUCAACGAUUCCGUGUUUUGCGGGAACCACAACACUAGGUCUGAUGCAGAGUGGGUGCCAUGCCCAAUCGACCCUUCUCACUCUGUACUGAGUGAAAAUCUUGAAGGACAUAUGAAAAGAUGCCCAUUACUGAAGCAAGCUCAGUCCUUGAGUAGUCAACCUUUCUACCAAAAGGGCAUCAAUGGUGGGAAAGAUGAUGAAGAUGAAGGAGAUGAGAAGGGAGCAGCGGCACCCACAUUAGCUUCUUUGGAGAACGCUACCUCAUUGAUGAAGAGGAACGCUGUAUAUAGCAUGACUGUACCUGAAUUCUCCAUAUUAAUUAGUAAAAUUCAGUCUAUUCAUAGUUCAAUACGUAAUGAUAUUCGAGACUCUUAUAGGGUGCCUGAAGCUUGCGAUAUAUGGAUCAAGAGAGAAGUAGACCGGAAACUACCAUUUCAAGAGAAACAUGUUGUGCAACAGGCAUCAAUUCUUGGGAAUUUGGAAGAAUUUGGGGUAUUGGAGAAAUCUAGUGGUGAUGACCAAAUGGAGCAAUGUGACUCUGAUAGAUCAUCAGGGGAUGAUAAUGGAGUUCCUGCAGUAGUCGAGUUUGGAGCCGGAAGAGGGUACUUGACUCAAAUGCUUGCAGAUUGUUAUGGGAUCAAGAGAGUCUUUUUGGUUGAGCGAAAGUCAUACAAGCUGAAGGCUGAUCGAUCACUGCGACAGAAAGAGAGCUUGAUAUUAGAGCGUUUGAGAAUUGACAUUGAGGAUUUAAACUUGAAGGCAGUUGAGUCUUUACAGGGAGUUCCUUACCUUGCAAUUGGUAAACAUCUAUGUGGGCCUGCAACAGAUUUGAGCCUGAGAUGUUGCCUUGCUGAGGAAUCCAAUCAAGAUGAUGCUGUUCAGUGCUGUAGUGGUCAUUACCUCAGAGGCCUAGCUAUAGCUACUUGUUGCCAUCAUCUUUGCCAGUGGAAACACUAUAUAAAUAAAAAAUAUUUAAUGAAUCUGGGGAUCACUAAAGACGAUUUUCAUGCUAUUACUUGGUUUACUAGCUGGGCAGUGGAUGCAGAUCAUGGCUCGGAUCUUUCAGACGUUGCUGGUUGCAGACUGCAUCUACAAUCAAUUGAGAAGAAAGAAUGUGUUGAAGAUGUUGGUGGAGUUGCUGAAAUUGUGCAGAAUAUGAAAGCCAUGGAAAGGGCAGUAGUAGGGUUCAUGUGCAAGGAGAUCAUAGACAUGGGGAGGUUGAUGUGGGUCAAAGAACAUGGGUUAGAAACACAGCUUGUGAAGUACGUCCCACCGACCAUCUCUCCAGAAAACCAUUUACUGAUUGCCAAACAUGCCAAUCACCUGUAAGAUGCUGAGGUUCCUUCUCCCAUCAAAAGCAUUGCUAGUUUAUACACUGAUUCAAAGAUUGAGAAAUGAGAAAACUCCACCAAGCAGUGGAUAGAAACACACAUUAGGAAGUUCCCUUAUCUUCCAUUUUCUUGUACUUACAUGGCUGGUCUAACUACUCAAUAUAUUAUGAUUUGUCUUAUAGACCAUCAGCCAAAGAGAUUUGAACUCUGACACAGCAUAGCAUAGUUGCUGUAAUGCUUUAUGGAUUGAUUAUUCAAAGAUAUUAAGAUUCUUGACAAA